AUGGGGAGCAUCGCGCUCAUAACGCUCCCAAAUUCCAACAGCUCCAGUCGUUCCAACUGAGCUCCACUCAAAGUAUCCAAAAAUACAUAAAUCGCCGGGAAAAAAUAUAAAACCCAAUGGUUCAAAAAACUAGUGCAAUUAUAAUGUUUUGGAGUUAACUUGUAUAAAAGCUUUUUCUCGGUCGCUGAUGUGUUUAUUUAUUUCUUUUUCGUUACGAUAUUUAAAUAAAAGAAAAGUGUAAAAGCUCGCGUUGAGAAUGUUGUUAACUUAACAUACGAGACAGACAAAUACAAAAUUCGAUGUGGAAUAUUCGUUGACAAAAUUUUCGAAAACAGUACAAAAAAAUAAAAAAUAAUAUCCUAUAAAAAGUGUUAAUUUAAUCAAAAUUGUAUAGUGUUAUGCAGAGUGUGGUGUGGGUGUUCCUAGCUGGUGCUGCUGUUGCUACUUUGCUUCUCUUUUCUCCCGAUUCGUCAAUAUCCAUCCAACAAUAAUAACUUAGUCGCCAAACAGUCGUCGUCGUCGUUUUCUCCGUGCUCCCGUGUUUCCGUAGCCUGGUUGUCUGCCAUGAUGUUGGACGAUGACAACUCGGAUCUGUUGGUCUGUGCAUCUGAGAUGCAGGAAGACCGUUUAUAUUUUGUGGCCUUCAAGAAGAACAUCAAGCCAAAGAACACGAUAAAUACGCACUACUUUAGCAUCGAUGAGGAGUUUAUCUACGAGAAUUUCUACAACGAUUUUGGGCCUUUGAACAUCUGCAUGUUGUACAGAUACUGCAUGAAACUGAACACUAAGCUGAACGCCAAGUGCCAUGCCAACAAAAAGAUAGUCCACUACACCUCUAUGAAUCCGGCCAAGCGACUCAAUGCGGCCUACCUGAUUGGUUCGUAUGCAAUCAUCUACCUAAACAAAACGCCCCAGGAGGCGUAUCGGCCGCUGGUCGCUGGCGAGAUUCCCCCCUACACGCGAUUCUGUGAUGCCAGCUACGGACCCAGCAAUUUCAAGAUUUCACUGCUGGAUUGCCUGAAUGCUGUGCACAAGGGUUUGCAGGCGGGAUUCUUCAAUUUCAACGACUUCGAUGCUGAGGAAUACGAGCAAUUCGAGCGCGUGGAGAAUGGUGAUUUCAACUGGAUCGUGCCGCAGAAGUUUAUAGCGUUUUGCGGACCUCAUCAGAAGAGCAAGACAUUGCCGAAUGGUUAUCCGUGCCAUGCACCCGAACGCUACUUUAGUUAUUUUCGGGAAAACAAUGUCACGACCGUGAUUCGGCUGAAUGCCAAAGUCUAUCAUGCUUCCUCCUUUGAGAACGCUGGCUUCGAUCACAAGGAUCUGUUUUUCAUCGAUGGCAGUACGCCAAGUGAUGCCAUAAUGAAGAAGUUCCUCUCCAUCUGCGAAACGACCAAGGGAGCAAUUGCAGUCCAUUGUAAAGCGGGCUUGGGACGCACGGGCAGCCUGAUAGGAGCGUACAUUAUGAAGCACUACGGGUUCACUGCCCUCGAGUCGAUUGCCUGGUUGAGGCUCUGCCGACCGGGCUCGGUCAUAGGCCAUCAACAGCAGUGGAUGGAGGACAAACAAAGCUGGCUGUGGUCGGAGGGCGAACGAAUGCGCCGGCGCACUACACUCCCCAUUCUUCGGCACACGUAUGGGAUCAACAGCCUGGAGCUGAAAACCAAACUGGGCUCAGUUGCCUCCGAUUCAGCGGAGCACGUGGAUCUGCUUCUGACCCGCGUGAAAGGAAUUUCCCAACGCGUGGAUACGAUGCACUUGCACGACCAGGACAACUUGGAUGCUGCUUGUGUAGAUCCAACGGAUGAGGAGAUCAACGAACAGCAGCGAUUGGAGCGGGACGAGCGAGCCCUGUACCAAUCCACAGAGGAUCCCAAUUGCAACGGAAGCGAUGACAACGAUACGGACACAAUCAGUGCACCAGCGGAGCAGCCGCUGUCCUCCGGCUAUACAAUAUCCACACGUCGCAGGAAAUCGCCAUCGGGCGCAAAUAAACCCACAGUUAUAGCCACAUCCCUGAGGCGUCUGGUUAAUCCUAAUGCCAAUCGAAGUGGAUUGAGUACUGCUUCUGGAGUUUAUCCCGCCGCCGAGGUGGCCAGCUGCACGGAGAAGAAGUUGCGCAAGCCAAGUGUAAACGUCUUCGAGGCAGCGCGUCACACCAUUGCCUCCACCGUCAGGAUGACGCAAACGGCGCUGGAGAAGAAGCAGGCGCAGACGCAGGGCGACAAGCUGAACCAGAUUAAGGCGCUGAGGAGGCACCACUCGCGAUCAGUCAACGUGAACAGCAACAGCGAGCAGGAAUCGAAUGUGCGGCAUACGAGAGCUCGAUCUCAGCCCUUCCGGAAUAAUAACAACGGAGUGGUGGGGAAUCCAGCGAUGGCAACUAUGAGGGCGGGACAACCCACUUCCUCCUGUUUGCCAACAAGCACAGCGGCAGAAGCACUUUUAGCCAAUAAUCUCAACAACAACAACAACAACAAUGGCAGCGGUAUCGGGACAAGCAGCAAUAACAACAACAACAACAACAAUAAUCUAAGCAAUUCCCUAAAUAACUUUAACAACAACAACAAUACCACUAACAAUAUUUUGGCCAGUUCAGGGAGCAGUCGCACCCGAAGUCUGGCGAUAUAUAGCAAAAGAAUGGAACUGAAGCACUUGCGAAAGGCGGAACAGCAGCAUCAGCAGCAGGUGCAGGUGCAGGUGCAGGUGCAUCAGGAGCCACCGAUGCUGCCGGUGGAAAAGCAGCUUCUCCGGCCAUAUGCCACCAUUAACGAGAGUAAGAUACCCGUGGUGUCCGGUGGCAAUGGUGGUGGUGGUGGUGGUGCCGGCAGCUCGGCCACCAUUCCACCCACUAGGGGCAGUGCCGCGCGCACCUCCCAUCACCACAUGACCCUCCGGGGAAGAUCCCGGAUCCGUUACCAGCGACCCAAUGCCGGUGAACCGGCUCCGGCAGCGGCCCAAACCCAACCGUGCACGGUGGCCACGGCUCGUUACUAUCGGGACGUAUCGGCCAUACCCACAAUGGGUGUUCUGGGUGGUGGUGGCGGUGGUGGUGGUGCUGCUGCCGGUGGGUCGUCCUCUUCUUCUGCUGCCUCCUUUAACAUUGCCACACGCUCCGCAUCCGCCACGCUCGAUCUCAACUCCAAUCCGUUGCCGAAAACCAAGUUAACCAGCCUCAACAAUAAUCCAACAAUUACCACACCUCCUUCCUCCUCCAAUCCCGCAGACACAAGCCGUCUUAGUGGGCGUGGCAGUGCCGAAUUGCAGGCGAUCAUCGAGCACGGCCUGGUAGCGGCGGCGGCGGCGGCGGCCGGUUCGGCCAAGCGGAACAAGCGAUCGCUGAGCUCCACGCGACUGGACAAGGACAAGAGCGACGAGUACAACACGAAGCUGUUGAGGAAGACAGCGGCCGCCGCGGCAGCAGCGGCGUCCACAGCGGCGGCCUCAUCGGGAGCAACUGCAGCAACGGCAGCCACCAGCGGUUCCAUCCAUCCAUCGCACGUCCACUCCUCCGCCAGCAGCAACAUGAACAACAAUUGCAAGUACAACAGCUGCAGCAGCAGCAACAGCGGCAGCUUCAAGCUUUCCCGUCGCCUAUUUGGGGAAUCGGGAUCCUCGGCCUCGACUUCCGCCUCGAAUUCGGGGAUUCCCACGCCCACGGCACCGCCAUCCUCCAGUCAAUGGCACCAGCACCAGCACCAGCAGCAGCACCAGCAUCAGCAUCAGCACCUGGCUCGCGGCGUCAGUCGAGUGUCCAGCGAAAGGGAUCGGGAUCGGGAGCGACAGCAGCCUCUGGAUCACCAGCAAUCAAAUUUAAAACUGCGGAAGAAGAUCAGCUACUGAGCACAGUUAUCCCUGCUCUCGCAUUAGUUUUGUAGAUAUUUUUUGGACUAGUAAAUUGUUCGUUGCUCAUCAAGACAACCACGAUUUCUUACGGGAGUGGCAAAUGCAAUGCUUCUUUUGUUAACUAUUUCAAUGCAAUCAAAUUUGAUGAUUGAUUAGAACAAAUUUAAUUUAGUUUUAAGCAUUAUCUCAUUUAUAUUCUUACAUUUUUGUAGGCAAUUUUUUGAAAUUGUUAUGUAAGCCCUAUCAAAAUUGUUAUAUUAAAUUGGCUAAGAAUGUGUAAAAAAUUCUUUUCCAUUUUUCAAGUAAGUAGGGUCUAAUUCAAAGGUCGGUUUUGGCUAUUUUACAAAAGUGGUAUAUACACUAGACAUAUAGAAAUUUGGAAUAAUAUUUUACUUUUAAAUAAUAAAAAAAUGUUAAAUUAUAAGAUACAAAUUUUGCUUAAAUUUGCAUAUAAUUUGAUUUGUUCCUUGACCAUUUAAAAUGAUUCUGCGGAAUUUAUAAAGGGGUCACACAUUGUAUUUAUUUAACAUAAUAAUAAUUUAACAAAAAGAAAAUAGUUACUUUUAGUACCAUUAAUAUUACAGCUUUUAUUCCUAUAAAAAUGUUAAUUUUGUAUAAAAAACAAUCAAAAUCAUUUUUUUGUUUAGUGGGUAGAGUUACCAACGACAAUUGAAUUGAAGCUAUUGUAAAAUUGUAAUAAAAUCUUUUUUAAAUAUGUACAAUCAAUUUGGAAACCAUACUUUUUAGUCAACUAUUUCAAUUAUUUAAAUAUAACUGAAAAUUGUAAAGAAAAAGUACACCAAAAAAGAAUUAUAGACUCCUCAAUGGAAUUACAAUACAAGCAAAUGAAUUUGACCAGUUUUAAAUUACGGGGAAUCACCAAUCUCGAAAUUUGGUUAAAGUGCCAUUUUUUUUACACCUUCCCUUUUAAGCGAGUCGCAACGCUUUAAUCUAUUUUGCCUUAUUAUUGUUGUACUAAGUUUACCAGAAGACCUUGAAUAAAUCACUUUCAUGUUUUACACCCUCAUAAUUGAUUGGGAGAUUGUAUUACCCAAAUAGAUCGUAAGUUACAAACAAAUAUGUGCAUUAUCUGAACUUGUUUAGUGUGUAAAUACGAGACAGUUUACUUGUUUGUAAGCCUACCUAGUUAAAAAUAAAUGUUAUAUACAUAUG